GUGGCAGCACCAUAUACACCACAGCCACAGCCAGUCCCCGCUUCCUCGCGUUUGCUACCAUAAUGGAGGAAUUUCAGGAUGAGGAGAUCGAGAGCGUGCUCUACAUCGGAAGGGAGGUUUCAGUUUUCAAAAUCCCGCCUAUGAAGAAGAACGAAGGACACCGCGCGCAGGAAUGGGGUGACCUCGGUCAACCGUUGUGGAAGGGUAGGCUACGGAUCAUCGAGCGGUCGAGCGGUGUCUCCAUUCAGUUCGAGGAUGUCAACACAGGCGAAUCGUUCGCCAAGGCCGACUACGAUCCCGCGAAGCCGUGCGUAGAGGCUGUCUUGGAUUCCUCGCGCUACUUCGUCGUCCGAGUAGAGGAUAACGGACGAAGGGCAUACAUCGGAAUGGGCUUCUUGGAGCGUACAGAUAGCUUUGACUUCAACGUCACUCUGCAAGACUACACCAAGCGAUGGCGCGCCCGCAUGAACCCACCAGAUGCUGCGACUGAGGCUGCCGCAGCGUCAGCAGGGCCCAAGAAGGACUACUCGCUGAAAGAUGGCCAGACGUUCUCGAUCUCAAUACCCGGGCGUGCGAAGAACAACAACACGACCACGUCGAACCUGCUCGGAGGAUCUACGAGUUCGUCUUCGUCCGGUGGUGGUGGCUUUGGCGUCCCUCUGUUACCACCGCCUCCCAGUGCGCCCCGGAGAUGACACGACAGAGGUUGGAUGGACUCCGUGAUCUCGAGAUUGUAUCAUACUGCAAUACCUUUGCAUUGGUUCUUGUCACAGCAAUCAAGUUAUGGCGCUACCAUAACUCAAUCUGACAUGCACUUCUUUCCUGAGCUUAUACGCACCGUACAAGGCUACAUAUGGGCAGCAGCGCAGCCCUGA